AUGUUUUUUCGUCUUGAAUCUGUCAACCUAACCUCAUCAUUCUCAAUACGUUGCUGGCCAUACGGAGAGUAUCCACCUGGGGAGGAAAGCCCUCAUAAGAAUUUGUUAUAUUCUGGAGAUCUCUGGAUCGAUAUUGAAGAGGUGGAGGAUAGUUUGGUAACACUGAGGCCCGCCAAAAAGUUUGUUGUCGAGAAAUCUUUUAUUGGUACACGGUGGUAA